UGCUUGGCCAACCUGAGAUGCCGCUCAGUUGAGCAAACUUAACCAAUUAUAUGGAUGUAAUGUAAAGUUGAGGAUAGAAGGAGCACAUUCUUGCGAGAAAGAAGUCAACAUGGAGCACCACUGGUUGGCGGUUUGUGCACUGAUUUUGGCACUUGGUGCAUUCGUGCACUUUGACAUCGUUUUUGCUGCAGGAGCUGACGGCAAUUUAACAGUGAUUCUUCCCAAACCAGGCCACUGCCCCCGUCGCCUAAAUGUUGUCCCAUCACAUAAGGGAUGUGUGUGUGAUGAAGACUGUCCCGCUGACCACAAAUGCUGUGUCUUUGACUGUGGAGCUGUCUGUGUCCCUCCUGCUUUCACCAAGCCAGGAGUGUGUCCUCGAAGGAAAUGGGGCUCAGGACCGUGUGCAGAAUAUUGCUCUAACGACAGCGACUGCCCAAAUGAUGAGAAGUGCUGCCACAAUGGAUGUGGACAUGAGUGCACUGCACCCUACAAAGUGAAGCGGGGUCGCUGCGCUCUUCCUCAGGGAACCCCCAUGUGCGCAGAGUACUGCUAUCAUGAUGGUCAAUGUCCAGGAGAGCAGAAGUGCUGCAGGACGACCUGCGGGCAUGCCUGCAGUGAGCCCUGCUGAUUGGAUGGCUCAGCAACUCUGCUACACGUGGGGCACUUGUUUGGUUUCUUUCAUGCAACAAUACUCAAAAUGUAUGGUCACUUUUUUUAACCGAUAGUUGCACACUUUGGUAAAAUGUUUGAGCAUUGGUUUGCACAAAGCUGGAUUCUUUAGGAGGGAGGGUUAAGUUCUCCUUUUAAUAUAGUUAACAUGCCAUUUUAAGUGCCUUUUACUUGCAGUUCUGUACAUACAAAAAUUGUACUCAACAUUUGGAAAAGGAAGAACUUAAUAACUUGCAGGUGGACCAUAGUUGGUAGGCUGCCAUUUAUAGUCUUCAAAAGACCUACAGUAUGUUUGUGUUUGAACUUCCAUUAGUUUACAAUCUUAUGCAACAUUUUUGCCAGUAUUUCUGCAUUAAGUAUUAUUAUUGUAUCUUCAAGUGUAUUUUAAAUGGAUGAAAAAUGUACUGUACUCUUACUUCUAGAGUUUGGGUGGGUUGUUUUGUUUGGGUUUUUUUUGUUGUUGUUGUUGUUUUUUAGCAUUAUUUCACCAAUAAACGUUUCAAGGCCCCAGAAA